AUGGCUUCAACGAAAGAGAUUACCGUGCCGUUCUUCAAGAAGAAGGGUAGGGGCCGUCCGACAACAGCGCGAAAGCGGUCCCCGUCACCACCGCCGAGCGCGACGACAGUUUCUGUGCCUUCGUCAUCUAAAUCUGAGGUUGUCCUACCUUCAAAGAAACAAGCAGCGAAUCUCCUGAGUGCAGGCACCAAGCGUACUGUCUCACAAAGGCAGGAUGACGAGUUUGGCGAGGACGAGCCUGAGAAGGAGGGCCCCGAUGUCAAGUGGACAGCAGCCGACUCGCAUAUGAACGCGGCUCUGGAGAUUUUGCAGGGUGACGAGGCACAGGAGUUACUCGCUAAGCGGCAACGCAGGGAGAAGGGCGAUGAGGAUGAGGAGGACGUGCCCGACGACGGGCUGUACCGCGGUCAGAAGGCUUAUGCGAGUCACAUCAAGAAGAACAAGGAGGUGCCGAAGGCGAUGCGAGUAGGCCCACAGCGGGCUUCGAACAGCACCAUCCGUACCGUUACGAUCGUGGACUACCAACCUGACGUGUGCAAAGACUACAAAGAGACCGGAUAUUGCGGUUAUGGCGAUACGUGUAAAUUCUUGCAUGACCGGGGGACCUACCUUGCCGGAUGGCAGCUCGAUAAAUUGGCAGCCAAUCCUCAGAAGCAGGUGGAAGACGUUUCAGAUUCGGAUUCGGAUGAAGACAUUCCAUUUGCAUGCCUAAUUUGCCGAAAACCAUAUACCGAUCCCGUCGUCACUCGGUGCGGGCACUAUUUCUGUUCCGCAUGCGCGAUCAAGCGCUUCUCCAAGACUCCGAAAUGCGCCGCCUGUGGGGCCCCAACUGCCGGCAUCUUCAAUCGUGCUGACAAAGUCAUCGACAAGAUAAACAAGACCCGGGAGCAGGCUGUCGCCGACGAGGCAGAUGGCGGGAAUGACAGCAAGGUCGUUGAAAUUGAGGGUCUCCAACAGGAUGGUGACAGCGAGAGCGGGGAAGACGACGACGACGACGAAGAUGAUUGA